CUCCCCACACCAAUUGUUUACUCUAGCAGUGAAUACAGCUACGAUCGCACUUUCUCACUCUCAGUGGAUCCAGUAGGAAAAUAAUACAAAUUAAAUUAGAUAUAUAGACAGACAAACAAAUACAUAUUUACAGUCGUGGUAGAAGUUUGGAGCUGCAUAAACAGUUACCUGAAGUCGAUUGAGUGAAAGCAAACGUUACAUUUAAAGUGUUACCUGUCUUCUAUGUCUCUACCGAUGAAUUUGAUCAGCAAUCCGAGACAGACACAACUGGAGCAAAUGGAGGCGAGGGCAUACGGGCAGCCUUCACAGGGGCUUCAAACGAAUACUUCUGCACACAUAUUUGGCAUCGAUGCCAUCCUGGGGAUAAAACAACAACAACAACAACAACAACAACAACAACAACAACAGGAGCAUCAUCAGAGACACCAAGAGACACCAGAACAGCACUUGUAUAUGAUGCAGCAGCAACAGCUCCAACCAAGGCCAUUGCUAAAUGAGGCGGAACCUCCAAUCCAUUCCAGUGAGCACAUCUCCGUCAGAAGUUCCCAUUCUCCGCAGAAUUAUGAUGAGAAUAUCCAGCCAAACACAAAUGAUAUUCUACACAGCGAUGACUCUGCCAAUGAGUUGGAUGAGAACAAACACACAGAUGAUGACGAUGACCAGCCAAAGAAGAAACACAGACGCAACAGGACCACAUUUACGACGUACCAGCUCCACGAACUAGAGAGAGCGUUCGAGAAGUCGCACUACCCGGAUGUUUAUAGCAGAGAAGAGCUUGCAUUGAAAAUAAAUUUACCAGAAGUCAGGGUCCAGGUUUGGUUUCAAAACCGCCGCGCAAAAUGGCGUCGUCAAGAGAAGAUAGAAAGUAGUGCCUUAAAGGUGAAUGAGAAUUACCCAAUGUCAACAAUCACUCCGCGGACUCCAGGAAUGACAAGCGCUUUACCACUUGACCCAUGGAUGACUGCGCCAAUGGCAAGUAACGCCACUCACAUGCAUAACUUGCCUGGGUUCCUCGGACAUAGCGCAGUGCCGUAUACAAGCUAUCUCAAUCAAAGUAGUUCUGCAUCAUCAUCUGUAACUUCAAACAUCGUAGUCACUCCUUCAAUCUCUUCCUCUUUGGAAGGGAAUCAAAUAUUUGGUGGAAAACUAUCAGAUGAGACUAGCGAUCCCCGCAAUACAAGUAUUGCUUCUUUAAGAAUGAAGGCAAAAGAACAUAUGAAUACAUUACAUAAAAUAUUUCCGGCCCAUCCAGGUUUACUAUGAACAUAUUAUCUAACAAAUUAGAGAAUUGUUUCCCUUGUUUCAUAAAAAGGAAGUAUCAAGUAUAUGGAAAAAGCAGCAUGUAUUUAGUACAAAUAAUUUUUCAAAAGAGACAAUCGUGAUUUGUAUAUCAAGCACAGUAUGUGAUUAAUCAUGUGUUUUAAUAUAGUAGUUUGUUGAGACAAUAUUGUAUGAAUAAAUUCACGUCAAUCACCAUAUAACUUUCUCAACCAGAACGUGGAUGUGUGAAAGGCAAUCAAUCUAAUUUAUAAGAGUACUGUUGAUAGUGUGAAUUAAUAGUUCGUAAAUGUUUGUAUAUUGUACGUUUAUUGUUUUGAUGUAGAAAUGGAUUUUAUACUCUAUAUGUUCAUAUGAUAUUUCAUCAAACAGAACUGAAUUAUAUACUAAGUAAGUCCGACCUGCCAUCUGUUAUAACAAACGAUGAAAUGUGAAAUAAACUGAUCGUGAAUGCUUUUAGCUAGGUACGAUUGAGUCUUGGAGAUGAGUUGGUCUUCACAUCAUGGGUUAUCGUGCAAUUCGUGCAUGUCAUCAUGUGCUUUGACUUAUUGUGAUAGAGGAUUCGCAUAAAAGAUGGCAGUUAAGUUAAUAAUAUCUUCUCUCGGA